UUGACCUUGUUGAGAACUAAACAACACAAUUAGUGAAUAACUAAUUGUAAACGUUAUCAACAAAGCGAUAUGGUGAUUGUUUUCAUAUUUUGGAUAUUGAUAUGGCUGAUAGGUAUAGCUUCUGCUAUAUUCUUCUGUCUUCGGCAAUGGGUUCUUCACUACAAAAAAAAAUUGCACUGCUCUUCUGCGGAAAAAAAAUUACAUGUUGGCAUUUUUCAUCCUUAUUGCAAUGCUGGUGGAGGAGGUGAACGUGUAUUAUGGUGUGCAAUAAGAGCGUUACAGAAAAAGUAUGACAAUAUCAAGAUAGUUAUCUACACAGGAGACAUUGACUCCACGCCGAGCUCCAUUUUGCAGAAAGCGAAGAACGUAUUUAAUAUUACUCUCGAACUUGAACAAAUAACUUUUGUAUUUUUAAAGCAACGACACUGGAUCGAAGCGCGAAAGUAUCCCCAUUUCACUUUGUUGGGGCAAGGCUUGGGUUCAAUCAUUAUGGGCUUGGAAGCUGUAACCAAAUUCCCGCCAGAUAUUUUUAUUGAUACAAUGGGGUAUGCAUUCACUUAUCCAGUGUUUCGGUUUCUGGCUUGCUCAAGAAUAGGCUGCUACGUCCAUUAUCCUGUUAUAAGCACCGACAUGCUUAAAAAGGUCCAAUUCCGUCAAGCGGCACACAAUAAUAAGGCAUAUGUGGCGAGAAACCCCUUUCUUACAUGGGCCAAGCUUACUUACUAUCGCUUGUUUUCAAGGAUGUACAAAUGGGUAAGCCGCUGUUCAGAAACUAUUAUGGUGAAUUCCUCAUGGACGGAAAAUCAUAUUGUAGACUUGUUCAAUGUCCCUUUAAUAACUCAUCGAGUGUAUCCACCUUGUGAAAUCGCACAUCUGAAGAAGCUUGAACAUAUAGAAAGAAAUAAUGAAAUUCUGAUAUUAUCUGUGGGUCAGUUUCGCCCAGAAAAAAACCAUCCAUUGCAAUUACAAGCUCUUUACGAGUUACGAACCCUACUGGCCAGAAAUGAGGCUCUGUGGAGUCGUAUUAAACUCGUCAUUGUAGGAUCUUGCCGAAAUGAUGAAGAUUAUGAAAGAUUAAAAAACAUGCAGGACCUUGCCAAGCACUUAUCCCUUGAAAAUUCUAUUGAGUUUAAAGUUAAUGUUGCAUAUGACGAACUAUUGAAAUUAUAUCAAGAAUCGAAAAUUGGAAUACAUACUAUGUGGAAUGAGCACUUUGGAAUUGGAAUUGUUGAGUGUAUGGCAGCUGGACUUAUAAUGAUAGCUCACAAGUCUGGAGGUCCGUUACUUGAUAUUAUUGAGACUUCAGAAGGAUGCCAAAAUGGUUUUCUUGCAACGGAUGCCAUCGAAUACGCCGGGAGUAUAUUGAAUAUUAUACUAAACCCUAUAGAAACAAAUGUGAGCAUUAUAAAUGCAGCAAGGUCAUCUGUGGAGAGGUUUUCUGAAAAAGAGUUUGACGAUCAGUUCUUACGUGCAAUUUCCCCAAUAUUUUUAUAAUAUUUAAAUAUUCCAUUAUUAAUAUUUUAAUAUACUCAUACCAAAGUA